AUGCGGCUACCAGACAAGUUCAGCACAGUUUCGUCAGAUCGAUGGAUAGUUGUGACAACCAUCUUCGACCCCACACCAGACAUCAAGUUCAUGGCAGAGAUACCCGGGUGGAAGCUUGUUGUUGUCGGAGACACCAAGACUCCAAAGGACUGGAGGCACCCAAACUGUGAAUUUUUAAGCUUAGAAGAUCAACGUAGUCUCGGUUUUGAAUCAGAGUCACUUGUGCCGGAAGGGAGUUAUGCCAGAAAAACAGUGGGAUAUCUGUUUGCAAUAGCCCAUGGUGCAACUGUAAUUUAUGAGACUGAUGAUGAUAAUCGUCCUCUUGAUAAUCUGAAAUCCUUCAUAAUAGAUCCAACAAUGUGGGGAAUCUUGUACAGAGGGGAACGGCUCUUUAAUCCGUAUCGUCAUUUUGGACAGCCGACAUUGUGGCCAAGGGGCUAUCCACUUGGGUCUGUAGGGGAAAAACCAACAUCUGAAUAUCUACUAAAUCACUGGAAAACUCCAUCCAUUCAGCAGGGUGUGGUCAAUGGUGACCCGGACAUGGACGCUAUUUUCAGACUGACCCGGAAACAAACCAGUUCUCAGCUGAAUGUGACCUUUGAUGUGAGAGCUCCACCAGCACUUGUUCCAGCGGGCGUGUUCUCUCCCUUUAAUUCCCAGAAUACCCUUUUUCUGUAUGAUGCAUUUUGGGCACUCCUGAUUCCAGCCUCUCCGACCACCAGAGUGUGUGAUAUCUGGAGAGGGUACUGGGCUCAGAGACUUCUGUGGGAGAUAGGAGGAAAUGUUGGAUUCUUCCCACCAAAUGCUGUCCAGAAGAGGAACGUCCACUCCUACCUGAGCGACGCUAAAGAAGAGACCGACCUCUACUUCCAGACAGAACGACUUCUUAAUUUUCUGACCAAAUGGAGGUGUGGGACAGGUUUGACAUUCUUUGCUUGUGUGACUCAAUUGUCAGCUGACAUGGCACAUCGAAACUUCUGGAAGGAAAGAGAUGCAAGACUGACGAAUCUUUGGAUCAAGGAUCUUGUGUCACUUGGCUACAAGGAACCACAAAGGAUAUGUUUUGGUUCUCUGAAAGACGGUGCUCAACACAUACCAGAGGAGAAACUGCCAAACCAAACACGUCUGGCGGAUCAUCAGGUCAACCUCACAUUCUGGGCAGCUGAGCAAACCCCACCUCAGAUAUAUUCCCAAGUGUUUAACUAUCCACACUAUGAGAACCUACAGUUUCUGGAGACAAUGUACGGCAUGCAUUUCCCUCACAUCGUGUACUGUGGAGCCAACAAAGAUAUAUUCAACACCCACGCGAAGAUACUUCCCAAGCCGUUGACCUUUAUGGAGGUUGACCACAACGAUGGCUGGUUUUUUCAACACUGUUUGAUACAAGUGAUGAAGAUGCAGUUUCGAGUUGACGGCUACUUAUUCAUAGGAGACGAUGUGCUGCUUAACGUGUGGAACAUUCAUAAGAUGCCGUUAAACAAACUCUGGGUUUAUCGCGCUCCAGUUGUACAACUGUCUAAAAAGCCAGUUGGCCAUCGUGUUGAGCAUCCCAAAUUGUCCGUGGAAUAG